UUAUUUGCGUUGGUAUUGGUGUGGGUGCAGAAGAAAAAUCCAGCGUCAUUUCUGUGGCAGGUUCGAGUACAGCCUUGGGAAGAGGACACUUCUAGUGAGAAAACUUAAUUACGCGCAUCUCGGUUAUAAAUAACGGCCUCAAAAUUGGCAAAAUAAGGAAAAACAAGAAAAUGAGCUACAAUGAGAAAACGGAAAUCAUUACCAAGGAUGAAUGGCUGCAACGAUUAGAGCAGUUUCCCUUUAAGCAGGCCGAUAUGAAUCGUCUUAUUAUGAAUUAUUUGGUGACAGAGGGCUUCAAGGAGGCAGCCGAGAAAUUUCAGCACGAAGCCGAGCUGGAGCCAAGUGUUGAGCUUAACAGCUUGGAUGAUCGGAUUCUAAUACGCGAGGCGGUGCAGGCGGGCCGGAUAGAGGAGGCCACACAUUUGGUCAACCAAUUGCAUCCGGAACUGCUGGGCAGUGAGCGAUAUUUGUUCUUUCAUUUGCAACAAUUACAACUGAUCGAGCUCAUACGUGCUGGGAAGGUGGAAGAGGCCUUGGCAUUUGCCCAAACCAAACUGUCCGAGUCCGGGGAGGAGGCGAUGUUUGAGCUUGAGCGCACGUUGGCGUUGCUUGCCUUCGAGAAGCCGCAGGAGAGUCCAUUCGCCGAUCUCCUGGAACAGUCGUACAGGCAAAAGAUUGCUAGCGAGCUGAACUCGGCCAUAUUGAGAUGCGAGCAUAGCGAGGACUCUACGCCAAAGAUGAUGUUUCUACUCAAGCUUAUACUGUGGGCACAGUCCAAGCUGGACAGCCGCUCCAUUAGCUACCCUAAGAUGAAGGACCUGGAGACCGCUCAGGUGGAGCCCAAGUAAGCAGUGGGGAUGAAUUGUGUAUGAAUGGGAAAGGGCUUCGAUAAAUAUUCGAGCGUGAGUGUGUGAGCAAUUUAAUAACGAUUUCUAUAACUUUGUAAAGAUAAUGAUAAUGAUUAAAAUAUUGGCAAAGACGAAAAAAAAAAUAAAACGUUGUUGAAGCUUUUA